CCCGGCCCGCGCAGACCGCCAAGGCUGGGCCCUCCCGAGGCUGCCGAGCAAGAAAUGAGACACGGCCAAGGAGGCGUCUAAACGCAUACCCAGUGCCCUCGCUUCCGGUGGGAGGUUCGCUCUGAGCCGGUGGCAUCGUGGGGGUUUUGCGUCGAGGAGCCGGUGACCUCCGCAGUCCUUUCCCCGUCCGGACCGAUCCGCCAGCAUCUCGACGCCGUCGUACCUUCACACAACAUGGACUUCUCGAUCCGCGCAGCCAACGUGGAGGACUGCAAGGACGUCGCGCGGAUGAUCCUGGAGUUGGCCGAAUAUGAGAAAGUGGCGGACCAGGUGAAAGUCACGCAGAGAGACCUGGAGCAGGACGGCUUCUCCAAGAACCCGUUCUUCCACGGGAUCGUCGCCGAGGUGUCAGAACAGCUCAAAACCAAAGACGGCCACACAAAGAUUGGGUACGCACUCUACUUUUACUCCUAUAGCUCGUGGUCCGGCAGAGCCGUGUACAUGGAGGAUUUGUACGUGAUGCCGAUAAUUGAUCUCUUUUCAGGGAAAGGCAUCGGCAAAGCGCUCAUGAGCAAGGUGGCUCAGCUGGGCCUGGCCGCCGGCUGCAGCCAGCUCAACUUCACCGUCCUGGACUGGAACAAACCGUCCCUGGACUUCUACCUCAGCCAGGGCAGCGUGGACGUCACCGCCAGCAUGGGCUACCACUGCAUGCGCUGCGAGGGCGAGGCGCUGCAGCACCUGGCCCAGCCGUAGGCCGCCGCCAGGGUGUGUGUGGGGGGGGGGGGGGGGGGGGGGGG